AUGCCAGGAAUAAAGAUUGAGGAGGUCAUUUCUACCACCAAGAGGCAGCGUGUGGCAGCUCACAGUCAUGUGAAGGGUUUGGGGCUGGAUGCAGAGGGUUCAGCCAAACCGUCCGCUGAUGGAUUUGUGGGACAAGUGAAGGCCCGUGAAGCAGCCGGUAUCGUUGUGGAGCUCACAAGAUCCAAAAAAAUGGCUGGGCGUGCACUUCUUUUUGCCGGCCCUCCUGGGACAGGCAAGACAGCAUUGGCACUCGGUAUCGCGAAAGAGUUGGGACCAAAGGUGCCUUUUUGCCCAAUGGUUGGCAGCGAAGUCUACAGUGCCGAAGUAAAGAAGACAGAGGUGCUGAUGGAAAACUUCCGUCGAGCAAUUGGGCUUCGAAUUAAGGAACAAAAAGAGGUUUAUGAGGGUGAAGUCACAGAAUUGCGUGCAGAGGAGACAGAUAAUCCGUUGGGAGGCUAUGGCAAAUCCAUUGCUCAUGUUAUUGUGACACUCAAGUCUGUCAAGGGCUCCAAGCAACUCAAGUUAGAUGCUGCUAUCUAUGAAAGCUUAGAGAAGGAAAAGGUCUCUGUUGGUGAUGUCAUUUACAUUGAAGCCAGUACAGGGGCUGUAAAGCGAGUGGGACGUUCGGAUGCUUAUAUUGGAGAUCAUGACCUGGAGGCUGAUGAGUACGUCCCACUACCAAAGGGCGAUGUUCACAAGAAGAAGGAGAUUAUUCAGGAUGUGACACUUCACGAUCUUGACUCUGCCAAUGCAAAACCAAACCAAGGUCAAGAUGCCCUUUCUAUUGUUAACAGCCUAAUGAAGCAGAAGAAAACGGAGAUUACCGAGAAACUACGGCAUGAGAUUAACAAAGUUGUGAAUAAGUACAUUGAUCAGGGUGUAGCUGAAUUGGUUCCAGGUGUGUUGUUUAUCGAUGAAGUACACAUGUUGGACAUUGAAUGCUUUACAUUCCUGAACAAGGCACUGGAAUCAACACUGGCUCCUGUUGUAAUUUUUGCUACCAACAGAGGCAGCUGUCGCAUCAGGGGAACGGACAUUCGAUCUCCCCAUGGCAUUCCCACGGAUCUUCUUGAUCGUUUACUUAUUGUACGUACGACUAAUUACAGCAUUGAAGAAAUUGUUUCUAUUGUUGACAUUCGGUCCCAAGUGGAGGGUGUAAAGGUGUCAGAUGCCUCUUUAGAGCUCCUCGGACAAAUUGGAGAACGUACUUCACUGCGCUAUGUGGUACAGCUACUCACACCAGCGCUUAUUAUUGCGGAAACAAAUGGUCGCAGCGUAAUUGAAGCAGAAGAUAUUAUGUUGGUUGAUGGGCUGUUUAAAGAUGCCAAGGCUUCAGCGCAGCUUCUCCAUGAGCACGCCGAUGAGUACGUCUAUCAAUAG